AUGGGGAAGGGUAAAGAACUUCCCACCAACCACGUCUCCGGACAAUCGAACAACCCACUAUCACGACCUGCUCACGCUUUGUCAUGGCAGCAAGUCUCACAAGAGCUGCAAGCCGAUGCUGAAGAUGGUCUCACUUCCGGCGAAGCGAAAUCACGACUGGACGAACAUGGCAGCAAUGAUCUUGGAGACGGUGGUGUUGUGAACAUCGCGAAAAUUCUCCUCCGCCAGUUCGCGAAUGCCAUGACUCUGGUCCUCAUAUUGGCCAUGGCGGUGUCCUUUGGCAUCCGCUCCUGGAUCGAAGGUGGUGUCGUCGCUGCUGUGAUCAUUGUCAACAUCACUGUCGGCUCCCUCCAGGAGUACCAAGCAGCCAAGACUAUGGAUUCUCUCCGAUCCCUGAGCUCACCGACUGCAAGCGCAGUCCGAGACAAACAGAACCUCACCGUGCCAACCAUCGAGAUUGUUCCCGGAGAUCUGGUCGAGAUGAAGACUGGCGACACUAUACCAGCCGACAUCCGACUCAUCGAAGCCAUCAACUUCGAGACUGACGAGGCACUGCUGACUGGCGAAUCACUUCCUGUGCGCAAGGCUGCUGACGAUGUCUUCGACGCCGAUACUGGUCCUGGCGACCGUCUCAACGUUGCCUAUAGCUCCUCUACAGUCACCAAAGGCAGAGCUACCGGCAUUGUCUUCGCGACAGGCAUGUACACCGAGAUCGGCAGUAUAGCCGCUGCUUUACGCAAAAAGGACAGCAAAGUCCGUCAGGUCAAGCGAAGAGAAGAUGGCACAGCACAGCCUCAUCGAUAUGUGCAAGCAGCCGUUCUCACCGUGACCGACUUUGUUGGCGCCUUCCUAGGUGUCAGCGUUGGCACACCUCUACAGAAGAAGCUGAGCAGACUUGCAGUCCUCCUAUUCCUGGUUGCUGUUGUAUUCGCACUCGUCGUCCUCGGCGCCAACGAUUUUCGCAACAGGCAAGAAGUCAUCAUUUACGCCGUCGCAACCGGUCUUUCCAUGAUACCCGCCAGCUUGGUUGUCAUCCUUACCAUCACAAUGGCUGCGGGCACGAAACGAAUGGUCGAGCGACACGUCAUCGUCCGCAACCUCCGAUCACUUGAGGCUCUUGGUGCUGUCACAGACAUCUGUUCCGACAAGACGGGGACGUUGACCCAAGGCAAGAUGGUGGCAAAGAAAGCCUGGAUUCCAGCGAAAGGUACGUAUACCAUCGGCGUAACGAAUGAGCCGUUCAAUCCUACGACCGGCGACAUCAGUUACGAGGUUGAAGAGCCACGAAAUAUGACUGGACAAGAGCAGGAGAAGAGGAGCGAAUACUCCGAGCUUGUGCAAGGCAAUGAGCCUUUACAGGACUAUCUUCGCGUUGCCUCCCUGGCCAACCUCGCGAACGUUCACAAGGGGGACAAUGGCGAGUGGAGCGCUCGCGGUGAUCCAACUGAGAUUGCCAUCCAAGUUUUCGCCACGAGAUUCUCCGGCUGGAAUAGGCGUGCUUCUGUUGCUGGAGAUCAUCCACAGUGGAAGCUUCUACAGGAGUUCCCAUUCGAUUCUGAUGUUAAGAAGAUGAGCGUCAUCUACAGAGACCUGACCAGCGACCAACUUCAUGCAUUCACCAAGGGCGCCGUCGAGCGUGUUAUCACCUCCUGCACCCACUACGUCCCAAAGGAAGACGCAGACCCGAUCGAAAUGACCGACAGCUACCGCGACCAAAUCCUGGAGAAUAUGGAAGGUCUUGCCAAGCUUGGCCUGCGAGUCCUCGCCUUGGCUAGUCGUGACUACAACGAGCCUUACGAAGAGGGCGCAGAGAUCGACCGUUCUAUCGUUGAGAACAACCUCACCUUCCGCGGACUGAUUGGCUUGUAUGAUCCUCCACGACCAGAGUCGGCACCAUCCGUCAAGUCCUGCCACGAGGCUGGCAUCGAGGUACACAUGCUCACUGGCGAUCACCCGGGCACAGCUCGUGCUAUCGCCGGACAAGUCGGUAUCCUCCCAAGCGACAUGGACAAGUACAGCAAAGACGUCGCGGACAGCAUGGUCAUGACUGCGUCGCAAUUCGACAAGCUCUCCGACGACGAGAUCGACAAGCUGCCCGUACUGCCUCUGGUCAUUGCUCGCUGCGCACCGAACACGAAAGUAAGGAUGAUAGAGGCCCUGCAUCGCAGGAAGAAGUUCUGCGCGAUGACGGGAGACGGCGUCAAUGAUUCGCCGUCGCUCAAGCGUGCAGAUGUCGGUAUCGCAAUGGGCCAAGCCGGCUCGGACGUAGCCAAAGAUGCUUCCGACAUCAUAUUGACCGACGAUAACUUCGCCUCCAUCCUCGCCGCCAUCGAAGAAGGCCGCCGCACAUUCGACAAUAUCCAGAAGUUUGUGCUCCACCUCCUCGCUCAGAACAUCGCUCAAGCACUGGUCUUGCUCAUCGGCCUCGUCUUCAAGGAUGGGGAGAACAUCUCCGUGUUCCCCAUCUCACCGGUGGAGAUCAUGUGGAUCAUCAUGAUCACCUCUGAUAUUCCCGACAUGGGUCUCGGGUUCGAGCGUGCCGCCCCGGAUAUCAUGCAGCGGCCGCCUCAGAGCCUGAAGAAAGGUAUCUUUACCUAUGAGAUCUUGGUCGACAUGUUCGCAUAUGGUGUCUGGAUCGCGGCACUCUGCCUCAGCGCUUUCGUCCUGGUGCUAUAUGGGUUCGGAAAUGACCAGAUUGGUUUUAGGUGCAACGAGACGAUCGGUGACGGCUGUGAUACCAUCUUUCGGGCGAGAGCUACUUGUUUUGCUACUCUGACUUGGUUCUCCGUCUUCCUAGCCUGGGAAGUCAUCGACCUCCGCCGCUCCUUCUUCCACAUGCGGCCCGACAGCAAGAAAAUCUUCCAAUGGGUCUCGGACGUCUGGUGCAACAAAUUCCUCUUCUUCGCCGUCCUCAUGGGCUUCAUCACAUUAUUUCCUAUCCUCUAUAUCCCCGUCAUCAACGACCAGGUCUUCAAGCAUACGGGUUUGACCUGGGAGUGGGCGAUAGUGUUUAUUGAGAGUGUGCUUUUCUUUGCUGGGGUGGAGACGUAUAAGUUUGGGAAGAGGGCUAUGUUCCGUCGACGGGCGGUGAAGGAUGAGGGUACGAGCCAGGAUGUUGAGGCCAGGAUGUUUGGGCGGUAUUUGACCGAUUCGAGUUUGGGGAGUGGGGAGAAGAAGUAG